UUAAGGACGCGUUACCCUGGCGACCACUUUGUUGUCCUCGGCCAGACUCCUGUUGGACGUCCAGCUGUAAGGUGGUGCGUGAAGAAUAGAGGUGAACACGGUUUUGCUGCUCCAGCCCCCGGCCCCCCUGGGGGCUGACGGGCGGCCAUGGAGCUGUACCUCAGUAACUGCAGUAAGACUGCUCAGGCCGCAGCCAGUAAAGCGGCUGCCAGCAGCCUAAAUGCCAAGAAGGAACAGUGCGAAACCAGCUCGCCCAAAAAACCCGUUCCAGAAGUUCCAGAAGUAGGAGCUGCUAAUCUUUUAGAUCUUCCUCUUGGCGUCAAAUUUCCUGUUAUCCCAGGAAGCAAUAAUGUAUUCUAUACUACAAAUUUAAGUGAAAAGCUUUAUCAACCUUCUUAUGAUUUUAACCUGUCUGAUCCUUAUUGUCAACUUUUGGAAACCAACUACAAAAGCCUGCACGAUCCUCACUUAAAAUCAUACUAUAGGCGUAAAGAUAUCCUGAGAAGAUUAAAGAAAGAUGGCUACAUCACCAGCAAUAAUAAAGUUGUAUGUACCUUGAAGGAACUGAAUAAAUACCGGCAUUAUCUGACCAGUUUAAAAUUAGACUUUGAAAGAAAUUAUAUAAGAGAACAGAAAAAUAUUGAAAAAGAAGUAAAUAAAUACUAUGAAACCAAGAGAGCCUCUAAACCUGGAAAGUCACAGUUCCACGAAUGGUUGUUACAGGACCGUGCACGAGCAAACCCAGAGCAAGAGCUAUUAUUAAAGAACAGGUAUGUAGAUAUGAUUGAUAAAGAACUACUCAAAGCUGAGCACAUUGCGGAAAGUCAAAGUACAGGCCGUAUCAAAAAAGAAGAAAAACGACUUCGAGAGCAUAUUAGAAAAAAACUUAAUCUCCGUAAAAAAAUUGAAACGGAAUGGAAGACAAAAGAAAUGUUACUGCUGAAAAAGAUUGGGGAAGAAGUGAAAAGAGAAGCAAGAAUUGAGGAACAACGUCGAAAAAUCAGAGAAGCAGCUGACCAAAAGAAACAAGAACUUCUGGAGAAAAAACUUGCUUAUCAUUUACAAAAAAUGCGAAGGAAAGGCGAUGAGAAAGAAGAAUCAGAGAAAAUCAUCUUUGAAAAUGAUGAAAUAAGAGAUAAUUCAGGCACCAAGAAAACGAAUGACUUGUUCAGUGAUGCACAAUCACAUCAAGAACAGAAACGACAUCAGCGUUCUCCAAGUUUUUCUAAGACUUCUCCCAGAAAACCAUCAAUCUCAGUAUCUCAUGACAUACAGAAUAACCCAACAGAAGAAAAGGAAAGUAGAAAGGCGCAUAAAACUUCAAAUAUUUUAAGUGAUGAAGGUACUAAAAAUACAAGUGUGUCUUCCAAAGCAAAUGCCUCCACAUACUCUUCACAAGAUGGCCACAAACGUGAGGUAACAUAUGCUGAUUUGAAUGAAAAACAGUCCAAGAAAUCAAGUGUUAGCUUUGAGUCAGAUCUACCUGCAGCUCAAAAAACCACCUUUUCUCAUGACUCAUCAUUUAAAAACCCAAACUGCUAUCAAAGUUGCUGUCAAGAAAAAGUAACUUCUGAAGAACUGCACAGUAUAAUUCAUGACACAAUGACCUGGGUCGUGGCUGCAGUGACCAAUGUAUUGUACCCAGCCAUCACAAAGUAUGAAGAAAAGUUACAAAACAUUACACCCCCAAUGCCUGAUGCUUCUGUCUCCUCCUCAGAUACUAUGAACAGUGAGACAUUUCCUUAUAAAACAAGUCAGAAGUUUCAGGCAGAGCCCUGUGCAAACACAGCUGGUAAAUCAGAAAAGCAGCCCACCACACCUUUAAAACAGGCUUCUGCCCAUAAAGAAGGAACAGGUGUGGAGAAAAAAUAUUGUAAGAAAGGACAACUUAAUGUCUUGGAAGCCAAGUAUUAUGAGACCUUUGAGCCCCCCAAGCUUAAACUUUCUACACCUGUUAGUCACCCUUCCCUCCAGGUCAAAACAGACUCAAAGAAAUCUGAAGAUGCCUCCACUGACCGUGGCUCACUGUCUUCCAGUAAAAGAGGAAAAAACAUAAAUGAGAUGCAGGGAUUACCAGAUGUUCGUGCUGACUUUAAAUACUAUCUAAAAGAGGAAACUGAGUUGAUUUUAAAAAACAUUUUUCAUGAGGUGAUGUCUGAAUUAACCCAGGCCAUUUCCCCUCUUUCCUUGGCUACAUUGGAAAUUUCAGCUGACCAGUGCAAUACUAACAAAGAGGACGUGCCCUCCAAUGUAGCUGUCGCUUCAGCAUCAGUUGAAAUUGUGGAAAACGUGCUGGCGAAGCUGCAGUCUGCCAUUGAGAAAAAAUGUAUUGAGAUAUAUUCCCAAGAAAGUAUGACAGUGAACUUUAACUCAAACACAGCUGUCAGUGAAAAACAUCUCAUAGCUUCUAAGGAGCAAACCUCAAAAGUUUCACCGCCUUAUACUUCUGAUAACAUCAGUGAAGUUGCAGAUAGUAUGAUUCAUAUGAUUUUAGAACAACUGGUGGCUCUUGUAUCUUCUACGCAAAAUGAACUUGCUCGUCUUAAAAUCACCACUACUGCUUAUCCCCAACACAGGGAAGAUCCAACAUAUACAUCCCUUCCAAGAGCCGGCAAAAAGCAAUCCAGUGCUGAACCUGAUAGAGCCAGUUUGAUUAGCAAAGAAGAACUUAAAACUUUAGUGUCAAAUAUUUUUUCUCAGCCCUCUCUAGUGGUUGCUAUAGAGGAAGUAAUCAGCUUUAUUCUAGGUUACAUACAAAUUGGACUUAAUAAUGAAAAGCUCAUUGCGGCUGAAGAAACCGUGAUCAUCCUUCAGCUGCUUGACGAUAUCUUGACUCAGCUACAUCAGAGACCAGCAAAAACAGAUGCCCAGGAGAGUACGCAUGCCAGACUGAGGAGCCCUCCUAACACUAAAGAAAAGAACAGACUCGCCAGUACUAGAACAACUAAUGGUCCUAACUAUGCAUGUCUGUUUCCACCUGUAAAUGUUCCUGGUAUGGUACUUUAUUCUGAAGAUGAAAAAGAAGAAAUAAACAGAAUAGUGGGAAAUGUACUGAUUUCAUCUAUCCAACAAGAAAAAGCAAACUUGCAAGAACAGUCUCCUGAUCACUGGUUAACAAGGGAAAAUGCUGGUUUUAAGUACAAAAUAAAUAUGGACUUGCCUACAAAGACUGCUUAUGGAGGCAAAGUAGCAUUUCACCAAUGCCAAUUAAACACUGACUUUCCAGCUUUUACUAAUGAGGAAUCUUUUAAGGAUGAGCCACAUUUGAAUAAAGAUACUUUGCUUUUUAGUCAAGAAGAAAAGUAUCAAAUAGAAAAAGCCUCAGAAAAUAUAAUUACCCAUAUUUUAGCACAGAUGCUCAAAGACUUACCUUCUGGACCCUCUAGUAACUUUGAUUAUAAAAAUGGUAAAGAGGUUUCUCUUAUUACCUUUGUAAAACCACAUGAUCUGUCACAUGAAGAAUGGAUGAACCGUAUGUUCUCUGUGUCAGAAAUCCAUAUAGUAGCUCAAGAAAUUGUAGAUGCUAUAUUAAAAGUACUUCACACGACAUUUAGUCACAUUGAGCAUUCUUCAUCAGCACAUGAAACCUCUCUAGAGAAUAUUGAUAUACCAAAUGAAGACCCAUUAGAAAGAUGGUUUGAUAGUAAUAAGAAAAUGAAAUUUUUAUCUGCACUUGACAUAGAUCCUAUAAAACAUAACUGGUUAGAAUAUGAAGAAAGUGAAUCAACAUCUGAACCUCCAGUUCACAUUAAUGAUAAGAUCACUUAUACAGUUUUUAAGAAACUGUGCUCGUUUAUUUGCCCAAAGUUGCAAAACUGCUUUAAACCAGAAAGUCAUACUACCUAUUCAAAUCCCGCACCUGACAAGACACCACUUCAUUCUCACAUUAGUGCUUGCACAACAAAAGUGGUAAAUAUCAUUUUUGAUGCUAUUCAGAAAGAACUGAAAUACAAUAAGAAAAACCUAAAUGGGAAGACAAGUCAGCCUGUCAGCAACUUUGUAGAUACAGGAUUUGGGACUGACGCAGAAAAGAAAUUAGACUCUGUUGUUACAAAGCUAAAUAAUGACAUUAUGAAAAGUUCAUUAGCAGCUUGUAUUUGUGAAAUGUUAAGUGGAAAUUCAAAUAAAAGCAACAUUCUUUUCCCUUCAGAUAAGUUACAGUCUAAGAUCUCCUAUAGAAGUGCUGACAGAGGUCAGCAAAAUCUUUUGCCUUCUCAUUGCCCCCCUAUGGAUGAGGAAGUUCACAAAUGUCCAAGAUCACAAGUGUUAGAUAGAAUUGGAAGUAUUUUGUAUGACUUGUUAUACAAGCUCAUAGGAGACCACCCACAUUCUCCCCUAUCUGAUGAGCAAAACCAAGAAUGGAUCAAUGAGAAUUUAAGAACAAUCACUCCAUUGAGGUCUAACAUUCAGCUCAUCGCUCAUACAAUUCUAGAAGAUACCAUUGCAAAAUUAUGUUGUACUGAGAUGGACCAUAGUUUCACAAGUUCAGAAUUUAAAGUUCCUUUGGAGUAUAUUGACACUGACAGCCUAUCAUUUGCUUUGCUUAUUAAGGAAGUGAGCAGAUGCGCUGACAUUAUCUCCAGCAUGGCAUCUGGCUUGAUCCAGGCGGGUAGUGAAGACAUAACUGACAGCAAGAGGGAAACUACUGCACCCCAAACAGGGGCCGCACAAGAAAAGCAUCCAAAUAAACUAAAAGUCAUAGCUUUAGAUAUCCUUGAAAUGGUUUUUGCUAAAUUGGAAAUGUUUGCCACUAGAGAUUUGGAAACCCUGGGUGCUAGAAUCAAUGGAAAUGAAAGGAGCAACGAGAUACACUGGAAAAGUAGAAGUAAUAAUAUUUGUGAAAAACUACUGCAGCCUAUGGUAUACCUGCAUGCAAAGACAGUGUCAAGUACAAUUUUGAAGGCUAUUCAGACUGAAUUGAAUGUGAGCUUGCCAGAUUUGGGAACAUAUAUAAGCAAGCCACAACAAAUAAAGCAAAUGCUUAAAAAUCUAGUCAAUUUAAUUUUAAAUGCAGUGCCUCCAGAUACUUUUCAUCAAACUGAGCCAGAAGAGAGAAGCAUUGAAUAUUAUAGUUAUAAGCCAACCUAUGGAAAUUUUCUUCCUGGAGGAGCUGACCCAGAGUCAUAUUUAGAUGAUCCUGUAGAGACAGAAAAAGAAAGUACUCGAAAGGAAAGAUCCAAAGGGGAAGAAACUAAAUCAGAUUAUUUUACACAACAGGAACUAGAAAAAACAUUUAAAAAAAUUGAAGUAGAACUCAAAGAGCCGCAGAAAUCCCCAAUUGUUCCUAUUAUAAGAAAUAUUUUGAAUGAAAUUUUUCAGAAUGAUUUAAUUUGCCAGUUAAAUGUGCUUCCUCUCCCCAAGUCCCAUUUAUGUGACAUUCCUCAUGCUCAAGAUGAACCAGUUGCUCAAACAUCUGUUCAUUCCCUGGCUGAAACAAUGGAUCCUUUAGUGUCUGAAGAAGACGUAACCAUUGUUGCAGAUAAUGUGAUGAGAACCAUACUUCAAAAACUUUAUUCCACUGCCAUGACAGAUAGAAAGACAAAUGAAAAUAGGUAUAAUGCUAUCACUUUUCCAGCAGAUACCUCUUUUCCUCAACAAGCCUGUGGAGGUAAGACCUCUGUUUAUUCUGACACAGAAAACAGAAAUCCAUGUACAUAUCAGUCCAUCUUCAAUAUUGGAGAAUUGAGAAAAAGAAAUGUAGCUGAAGAUAUUCUACAGUCAGUAUUAACAGAUUUAGAAACAUUUGCUACUUCCAAAGUAAAUGCUCUCUUUUUUCCUCAUAUGGAUUUCACUGUUAAAAUGUCUUUGCCUUUACAGUGUGAUGAGGCUGCUUUAAGCCAAUCAUGGUUAUCAACCAAAGAUUCAUAUCCUGAUGAUCAAUUUUCCUGUUGCUCAAUGGACCAUAAUAUGUUCGGAAAGACCACCUCAAUAUGUCAAGGGACUGCCUCUAAAUUAAAUAUAUGUGCAACAGAAGUGGCUAGACAGAUUUUACAAGAAAUCAAGCAUAAGCUAGAUAAAGGAGUAAAAGGUCCAUUCUUCACUCAUAAUGUGAUUUCUGAAAAUAUUCCAGGUCAGAUUGUUAACACAAUGUUAGAUAUUGUGUCUACUAAGGGCAACUAUGAAAAGAACAUAUUUUAUAGAGAGACUGAUUCAGGUCAGUCAGACUACCUUGUUGAAAAGUUGUUUAAUAAAAGUGACUAUAGGAAAAAACUUCAAUUUCAAAUAUUGGAUACCAUUGAGGGUAUCUUAAAUGACAUAUGUGAGAAAAUACUAGAUGAAAGCAAUCUCCCACAUGCUGCUUCCACUCUUAAAUGUAGUGUAAGUGGGAGGCCUUUAGAAGUAAAUUCUGAAAUGGACAGUGAAUGUGCAAAUAAAGCCCUUCCAAUGCUUUUAGUUCCUAAGUCCUGUGUUGCUAUGAUUUCUAGUGAUAUGGUGGCUAUUGUUCUUCAAAAUCUCAGUUCUGCUAUCAUAGUUGGCAGAAAUGCAAAGGAUUUGAUUUUUCCAAGAUUGCCCCUGACAGUUUCUGAUACAAUUCCUAAGGCAGAAUGCCAGCAAUCUGCUGUUACAGACUCAGUGAAUGAAGGGAAGAGAUUUCCAUGUGCAAGGAAGGAAAGAGAUGAACGAUUGAAGUCCACUUAUUUUGAUCAGACAACCAUACUUAAGAAACAAAAUGUCAAGAAAUCUGCUCUUGACCCAUAUGACGAAAAUGCUCACUUCAUUACUAAAACUAUUUUGAAUAGAUUAAAAUCUUUUGCCACAGAAAGAAUAGAUUUGCUCUUUUCUCUUGAUAGUCAGACUAGAAAAAAAAUAUUUGCUGGCUCAGAAUUUACAAACUGUAAGCAAGAUGACAGUGUAUUUCUUAAAUCGAACAAAGUACCGUCAAAUGUAAAUAUUCUGAAAAUGUCAAAUAAAAUCAUUCCAAGUCAAAAGGACAUAGGUGACAUAGCCACUAAUUAUGGGGGAGAAUGUGAACCUGCAAUUCAGAUACCACAAGCUUGUCUUAAGGAAUAUGCUGACAUAAUUGCCAGUAACAUUUUGAUGUUUAUAAAAAGUGAUGUAGACCUAGAAAUCCAAAAGAUGUAUUCAUAUCCAAACAAUACUUCACUGCAAGGAAAUAUCAUUGCAAGUGAAACUGUAAACAACAUCUUAAAGAGGUUACAUGAUAAAAUAUCUUUAAAGACAAGUAGUUUCUACUCAAAGCAGGACUCAAUUCUCUUUAUACAAACAGCUGAACAAAACGAAAUAUAUCUGGCUCAAAGAAAAACAGAAGACACUGAACUGUCUCUCUAUUCAAAAUGCCCAGAUCAAAACCUGAUAACAUCAGAAGCAAAAAACCUGAGAAAGGUUUUGGGAGAAAUAUUUAGAAAUGGAGAAAACACAAUUGCUUUAUUGAAUGAAGUUAAGUGCAUUUUACAGAAGGUGAAUAGAAAGGUAAUGGAAGACAUAGCCCACUGGCCUCCAUUUCACGAACCCCCUCACUUUACAUCUCAUUCUAAAAUUAAAACAGCAGCAGCUGAAGAGGCUCACAAGAAGACCUUGCAGUCCCAUAUAAGUAGUGUUGCAGAUGAUAUAGUUGAAAAUGUGUUCAAAGAAAUGAUCUCAAUAGUUACAUCUUUGUUAGAAAAAAAUGAGACCAAGGGAGAAUUGGGAGCAUCUGGCAGUAGUGAAUUACCAGUGAAUACAUCAUGUUUUAGAGGACUGAAAGAGGCAGAAAAAAGAAGUGUUUCCCCUGAAUGUGUGUUACUACAAGUUUAUCCUUACACAGGCAUUAAAAAUGUCACUUCAUUGGAAAACACCUUGCAGUUUUCUCCCUUACAAAUGAGUGAAGAAUUGGUCCAAAUAGUUCUCCAAAAGAUCACAAAUUUUGCUUUGCUCAUUCUACAAGAGAGCUCAUUCAGCGAUGGUCAGUCUGAUGAAAUGAGAUCAUUGAGGUCAGGCAGUUCUAAAAUUAGUCCUAAAGUCAGCCCUAAGUUAAGUUUUAAAAACAGUUUUAAAACAAAAUCAAAAGUUGUCUCUUUACCUAAAUUUGAAACAAAACCCCAGCUAGAACCUAGUGGCACUAGAGCCAAAGACAAUACCAAGUUAGAUCUUGGCGAGAAAACGCUGAGAGACAGCUGUUCCGAGACCACCAUUGGGCUGCCCUACCUGUUAUUUACAGGGGAUGCCAGAAACUUCUUACCUAGAUCAAAACUCCCCAUUCUAGAACUAAAAGUGUAUGCUAAGGAUAUAGUAAGCAAUAUUCUGGAAGCAAUCGUGAAUGAAUUUCAAAAGGUGAGGCAAGCAAGAGCAAUGGUAAAUGUAAAUUAUUUACCUUUAGUUCAAAUUGUGACCGCAAGUGAAAUAGUUAAUGCAGUUUUGCAAGGAUUGUAUACUACAAAGAACAAUUUGACUGACCCAAUAAAAGGCUCAUACUCAGAUAAUCUUGAACUUUCACAGAAGAAUUUUAGCACAUUUUAUACUGCAAAUCCAGAAACCCUUGUCUCUCUGGAGAAUGUUUCUUCACAGCUAGAGAAAAUCUUUACUAAAGAUGUUUCUAAACAGAUGUUUGAUAAAUGGCGAACAGAAUCAGGUAGCAUGGAAAAUGAAAGAUAUAAGCUAUUGAUGAUAGCUAAGACUAGUUUAAAUGAAAUUUCAAUGAAAGCAAAAGAAUUAGAACCCUAUGUUUCACUUUUAAAUUUGCCUCCUCUUCAGGCUUGUGAAAGCAGGUACCAUAAUUUUAAAAGAGCUACUUCUAAAGCUGAGGAUUCCCAGGCACAAAUUAAUAUAUUUGCACAGGAAAUUGUUGAAAAGCUACUUGAAAAAUUAGAGUUGUGCUUCUUGACUCAAAUGUUCAUAAAAGAGAGUAAAGAAACUCUAGAAAGCAAGGAAGAAACUACCACUGGAAGUAAACAUGGUUCCUUAAGAACAACCAGCCUUGACAAUAUACCAACUUGUAAUGCACAGUUGAAAGACAAAAAAUUGGGGGGCUCUAACCACCCAAUCACUGAAGUGAUCAUAGAAGGAGUUAUGAACAUCUUAGUGUCAUUUGCAGACCUACAGUUUAAACAUAUCUCUACAUAUGCUUUUUCUGAAAUUGUGAAAAGACCUAUCAAAAGCUUUUUUGAUCUCCAACAGAAACCAUCGACAGCGAUACUGCCAAAGUUACCACCACUGACCAAAUUUCCUGGUGAAUCUCAAUCAAGUAGUAUGAUAACACAAGAAAACAUACAGAAUAGCCUUCAACAACUUAACUCAUUCCAUUCAGAAUUGCUUACUUAUACUGCUAAUACUGUCAGUGGCAUGCUUGGUAUAAUUAAGAGCAAGCUAUACAAAGCAAAAUGUCAAGUGGAACCACCUUCAACCAAUGUAUUUGAAGAAAACCUGAUAGAAAGUCAGAUCAGCAUACUGAUGGAUCAGUGUACCCACUGCCACAAAACAACAAUCACAAGACAUCCAAAGGAAAAUCUUCUGGGAGCUGAAGAUGUCUAUGCCAUUAAUCAAGCAGAAUUUGCAACAAGGUUGGGAAUGCCCACUUUAGAGUUAAAAGGAGCUGACAGUGGGGAUGAGCCUCCACAAAUAUCUAGCUUAUUUAAUGCAGAGGAAGAUAAAAUAAAGGUCACAUCUUCCUCAAAUCUACCUGCCUAUGUCAGAUACUCUGUAGAAGAUACAGGUAAAACCACAGAAAUUGAAUCAGAAAGACUCAAAUUAGAAUGUAAGCCAUCAUUUUCUGGAAGUGAAGCCCAAGGCUCCAGCUGUUUUUAUCAAGCUGUGGAAAAACACAGUUCUCACCCAGAAGGCAUUGUCUUACAGAAAACAUCUCAGCAUUCCAGUGGCUCAACACAAGCAGUACUAGAGGACCCCAUGUCCCUCAGUGAAGUGAAAAGUGAAAAUCAAGGCAUGCUUCAAUGUAAGUCCUCCAAACCAGUUGUUACGCCAAACCAAAAACAGACAACCAUUUCACCACUCAAGAUACAUUUAGCUGCAGAAAAUAUUGUCAAUACCACGCUGUUGCAUUACGGCCUUACCAUUGAAACCCCACACACUGAUGAAAAUGUAGAAACAAUGACGCCAUUUUUGGUACCAAAGGAAUGGUCUCCUAUAACAGCCGAAGAACAAAAAGACCAGAAAAGUUUACUUCACAUAUGGGGAAAAAGAAAUAUCUAUAAAACUAAAGAAGAAAAUAAAAGCCUUAUAGCAAGUGGAAAAGGUCUCACUUUACUAGAAAAGUGGAAAAUUAAGUACUCAAAGUUAAAGAAUAUAGCAACUCUUGAAGAGGUUGAAGUCAUUGCUUUUGCUGAUCAAGAACUAGGACCAUGUGAAAUCCAUGCAAUAGCAAGAUAUGUCACUACAUCUGUGGUCAUACAUUUAAAGAACUUCAAAACCAGAGGUCCUCUUGAUGAAAAAGUACCUAUUGCGUCCACAUUGUUGAGGAAAAGAUAUAAAUCAAAACAGCCUUUAAGAAGCAUCAACAGUGAUUCUUCACUUAAUCAAUUUUGUGAACAUCUCACUGAAUUGGUUAUUUUCUAUGUAAGUUCUAGCAUUUCUGAUUGCGCCGAAGACAGUGGAAAACAGAAAUCAUUGGCAAUACCAGAUUCAACUUUUAAAAGGUUUAUUUUAGUUAAGUCCCAACUGUUUGGGAGUCGGUCAUUUUCUAUUAGUGGACUUGCUUUGAACACUUCUGAAAUCAUUAUUCAAAUCCUUUUUAAUAGUGGCAUUUUAAAGGCAGAUAUACAAAAAGUGCUUCAGGUGAAGACAGAAUAUAUUUACUGCCCACAAGUAAUUGUGACUCAGUUUGACGAUCUCUUUCAGGAUCUCUUAGUAGGAGUGACUCACGUUUUGUCCAGAGAACUAGGAAUAAAUCAUCAGCCUGACAGCAAAGGAAAAAACAAAUUGCUUCCAGUACUUAAAAGUCAGAGGUUGCCCAUUGGCAACAAAGCCAAAGGGAUGAAAAGACAAGCAGGCCCUGGAGGUUGUAAAUCAUCUCCCACUCGUCUAAUUAAUCAACUAGUACAAAAAAAUAAACUAAAAUUUCUGGCAUAUAAAUUAGACACUCUAGUUGGUAGCCUAAAAACUCAUGAAUCUAAAGAAGUAGCUAAUAAGAUUUUUGAUAUUGUUUUAGAUGUGUUUUUGCCAGAUGAAUGUCCAAAUUGGGAUACGGAGUCUUGUAAAAUAGCAAGAGGAAUGUCCCUCUCUUCAAAUAACCAGCAAUAUCCUAGAAUACCUAGAAAUAACCUACAGUUCUCCCCAAAAUCAGUUUUUCUUAUGAAAGUUGUGUGUGAAAACAGACUACUUUCAGAAAAAUAUCCAACCAAGAACUUUCUUAUAAAUAGUCCUUUUGCUGAUGCAGUAUCCACAGAACAUCAACUAUUCAACAUACUUCAAGAUGUAGAGGAUUACUGCAAGGAAAUAAUAUGUGGCUCACCAUUUGAAGGAUAUGAUAUGUCAGACAUGGAUCAAGAAUAUAUGCUUAAUGUUAUUUCUCACAGCUUAGUAAAAUCCUUGAUGGAUAAACUGUUAUGCAGCAUGCAGCCAACUCCCAGAAGGCCAGCUUUUACAAAUGAGCAAUUAACAUAUAGAAAAAGAACAAAACUUCCUAGUUUUCCCAAAACAAAAAGACCAGAAUUAAAAGAAUCAAGACAGGGUAAAGACUCCAUAAGAUCCACGAGUUAUGACAGCAAGCCUUUGACAGCAUCAGCGAAUAAUCUUAGGGCAAUUCAUUCCAAAAUGCAAGCCCCAUUUGGUAGACAAUUUUCACAAAAAUUUCCUUCUCAUUCUCUUCAAAGACCAGGUGAAGAGGAAGUGAACUCAAAGGCCAUUCUUAAUAUGCAAUACCCAGAAGGCAUGUACACAGGAGUUUACUCUGCCGCAUUUCUGGAGGAAAUAAUUGUAGACAUUUUUCUCAAUCUCUCCACUUCAUUGCAAGGCAGAAACUUAAACAUCACUAAAACCCAACUGAAUGAGAUGAUAAUACUAGAUGCCAUCUCUGUGGUGAAUGAGUUUAAUAGUGCACGAGUCACUGUUUUGCGGAAUAUUGUAGAAAGGAAAUGUUUUCCACCUUUCUCUAAAGAAACUGUUAGUAAGAUUUCUGAGUCCGUUUAUAGUGAUGUUUCAUGCAACUAUGCACGGCACAUUACCUGUGGCAGUCAUCUGGCACAUGCUACCACCUCAAUAGCAGAACAGAUAACUAAUGGUAUAUUGAGGGAGAGUGUAGACUACCAACUCCCAGUGUGCUUCAUAGGAAAGCUCAUGCCUAGUUCAUAUUACCCUCUCAAUGCUGAAAAUAUACUGCAGAAACUUCAAAACAAUCUGAGAGAACUGAAUUACCAAAGUCAAUAUUUAACUGGCUAUAGUACCAUGUUAUCAUACUCAUUUUUAGAAAAUGUCAUCAGAAGACUGUUAUCUCAGUUCAUUCCUCCACCCCAUAAGUCUUCUUGCUUGGAAAAGAAAUAUUUAAGAACUUCAGAUUUUAAUGAGAUAUCCACCUGUAUAAUAAAUAAAGUUAUGUUAACCAUUUCAAAGCAUAAGAUUUGGCUCACUAAGUAUGAUUGCAAAUACCUAUGUACAGAAAAAAACCUUCAAAAUAUGGUGGAGUCUAUUUAUAAUAAUAUUUUGCAGAUGUCUGAUUCUCUCGGGUCAAUACAAAAAAGUAUAAUAAGCCAAAGCCCAAUUAUGGUUGACCAAAUAGCUAGUCUCAUUAUUCAAGAGAUUAUAGAAAAACAUCUUCAACCCUUUUUGUGUGGAGAGGGCUUACCUCAUUCACUGGCUCCAUUGAAUAAAAUACCAAAUAUGGUUAAAGAGAUUCUCAGUGAAGUCACAGAGUCACACAGACUCCAGAAACCAUCAACACUAGGGAUGGAUUUUUAUCCUCAUACAUUUGUAGAAGAAACUGUUGCCAGGCUUUUAUCAAAGGUAUUCAAUCCAAAAUAUAACUCUGAGUGUGAACUGGAUAAAAUCACCCAAAAAAUAGUAAGCUCAAUUAAUAACCAUUUUAGCAAAGCUAAAAUCUGCGUUCUUCGUGAUGACCAAGAGCAGUCUUUCCCCAGUGUAGAUGUAGAUGCUGUGGAUAAACUUGUCAAUUCAGUUUAUGAGAAUGUUCUGAAAUGGCAAUGCCUGGAACCAGAAGUCGAUACUAACAUACUCAGGGACAGUGAUAUUUUUGCAGAAAAUAUUGCCAAUUUAAUUGUAGCAGCAAUUUCUGAUUAUCUUUUCCAUCCACUGUUUUCUGGGGAUUUGUCAACUUCAUCCUAUGCUAUGUUAACAGCAGAGAACAUUAUUCAGAACAUCUUUAGUGACAUCAGUGAAUCUACCAACCCAAGCCAGCAUUUUUCUCCAUAUAACACCUUGGUGCCUUACACAUUUUUGGAAGACAUAAUCAGAGUACUGUUAAUGAGAAUUUUUCCUUCUGCAUUUAGCAUGGCUCCAUUCUGUGAAAAUCUCAAAGAUAAAUCAGGAAUUCAUUGCAGUGAAAUCUCUUCAAAGUUAAUUGAUGAUAUUAAGAUGAAAAUUUCCCAACAUGAAAUUCAAUUUUCAAAAGAUGAAGAAGGAACUAAAUCUGUUUAUUCAGAGGAUGCUGCUCAACAUCUCGUUGACUCCGUAUUCAGCAACAUCCUGCAAAACUUUGGGCCCCAAGAAACAAUUGAACAAGAUAUCACAAGCACUAACAAUGUUCUCAUCGAUAGAAUAGCAGGUUUUAUCAUUAAAAAUGUCUGUGAGCAACAUCUUCAUCCUUUUGUGUGUGGAAAGUCAUCACUUCCUCCUUCAUCUACAUGCUUUGAUGAUGCCAAAAGGCAACACUCUUUUGCCCGUGUUUACUCUUCAGCCCUUUUGGAAGAUGUGAUCUCUGGGGUUUUAAGCAAAAUAUUCCACAGGAUGUUUGGUAUUGUACAAACAAAAUCAUUAAGAGAUUCAGAAAAAGAACUGUUGCAGAAAGCCGAAAAACUCAUAUAUUUGAUAACAGAGGAAUUCUCAAAAGCUCAAGUUAACAACAUAGAAAAUGCUAAGGAACAAUUGUGUUUGCCACCAGUACAUAAAGACAUAGUGAUCAAAAUUAUUGAUACAGCAUACAGCAAAGUUUUACAAGAAUAUGAACUGGAACCUGAUACGGACUUUCUCAGUGACACAAAGACAUUGGCUGAAAGGGUAACUAAAAUUAUCAUGGGUGAAGUUUUUGAUUUGGGGAUUCAUCCAGAUUUCAUAGCAAAACUGCCUUUACAUUCAUAUUCAAAACUCAAUACUGAUGUUUUGAUGAAGAGAGUUCAUUACGCUAUUAGUAAUUCAAGAGUCUGUAGACAGACUUAUACAACAUAUACUACCAUAUUAUCACAUACACAUUUGGAAAAAAUAAUCACACAAGUUUUAUCGCAGAUAAAUCUAUUAAAUUGCAAUGCAGGAGACCCAGACUAUUCACAGUCAGACUUCAAUAACACAGAUACGAGACUGAUUGAUGAGAUCAUGUCAAUAAUUUCUAAACAUGCAAUAUGCAUUAUUAAACAUGGAAAUGAAAAACAAAAUGUGAUUUCAGAAAAAGAUAUAGAGAUUAUGGUCAAUGCCAUUUAUGCUGAUAUUUAUCAUUCAAAUUUAUACCGCUCUCUUACAAAAGAUAAAAAAGACUUAAGUAAUAUACCUGCUACAAAAAUAGCAAGUUAUAUAAUAAAAGAACUGUUUAACCAUCACCUUGAGUCAUUUUUAUCUGGAGAUAAAAGUCUUCCUUCAGAUACAGUUGAUGAGAUUUAUCAAACGAGAGCAGUAGAUCCUAAACAAAGGGAGUUAGCUCUCAUUGUGAAUUCAGCUGUCUUUUUGGAGGAAGUAAUUUCUAAGCUUUUAUGCAAAAUCCUUUAUACAUUCUCAUAUAAUGACUUCACUGCUGAAAACCCACAUAAAGCAAAAGCCGACAUUACUGACAUUGUUACAAUAUUAGUAAAGUCAGUUGUCCUGGAGUUCACCACAUCACAGAUUCUAGUUACAGAUCACUUGGAUGAAAACCUGUAUAUUUCAGUGACAUAUAAUGAAAUGGUUAAAAAAGUGGUCAACCAAGUGUAUGAAAAAAUAACUGAUUAUAACGCUAUACAAAGCGAUACCAUCAGUCUUGGAAAAAAUAUAUAUUAUUUACUGUUAGAAGAAAUUUAUGAUUAUCAGAUAGAGUCAUUAGUUUGGGGAGAAUUAGCAAUUUCUUCCUAUUCCUCCCUCCAUGAAGAAAACAUCAUCAGAAAUGUGCUUGACAUCAUCAACAAUGAUGGCAAUGUCUUACCAUCAUGCAUCACUGUAUUGUCUCAUUCCAUUUUAGAAAAUAUGAUUUUCAAGCUUCUGGCACAUAUGUUCCCUUCAUCUGAAACUGGACUAAAUGAAGAAAGGGUAUCACCAGAUCAUGAGUUUGUGGAUGCAGCUUCAAAACUAACUGAUGAGAUUAUAACAGAAAUUUCUGAACAUGAGAUUAGGCUUGCCACAGCAGACGAGCAUGCACCAAGUAUGCAGUUAGGGGCAAUUGAGAACUUUGUUGACUCCAUAUGUAACCAUAUAACGAAAAACUUUAAAUUCCAAGAUGAAGCACAAAAAGAUACAUGUAAAAAGGGAGGCUUGUUCCUCAGACAAAUAGCUAGUUUUAUCAUGAAGGAAAUUAUAGCCCACCAUCUGCAGCCAUUUUUGCAUGAUGAAGACUCACCUCUCAGGUGCUUACCUGAAGCAGACCCUGCCACUGAACUCUUGUAUCCUGGUAAGGAAAAAAUACAGUCCUCCCCACAACCUUCUAUAUAUCCUGCUGCAUUCUUGGAAGAUGUUGUAAUUGAUCUUACUCGCAAAUUUUAUAGUCUCAUGAGUAUCACUGAAAAUCCUAAAGACAAAGAGCUAUCAGAAAGAGACCUCAUGGGCAUGAGUAUAAAAUUUGUAAAUGCCCUGAUAGGGGAAUUUAGGAAGAGUGAAAUUAAAGUUCUAACGAAUGCUGAAGAAAUGCCUUCAUUUCCACCAGUAGAUAAAGGGAGAAUCAAUAAACUAUCUGAUUCUGUGUAUGACGAGGCCAUGGAAAUCUAUGGAUCUAACAAUUUUCCAAAAUAUGCCAGAAAUAAGACUGCUAUAGGGAUGAUUGCUACGUUAGCCCUCAAGGCAAUCUCUGCUUUCAAGAUUCAACCACUUUUUUCAGGAGGCUGGUCUACCAUCUUCUCAUUUCUAGAUGUAGAUAACAUUAUCCAAAGAGUCCAACACCUACCAAAUGACACCUUUACAGAGAUAAAUGGAAGCUUGAAAGUAAAUCCAGUUUCUUCACCUGAACAAUCAUCAUCACGUACUCCUCUAACUUCAGACCUCAAAGACAAAAUGGGCACUUCAGAAGCUAGUAAAGGAGCACUUAAUAGAAAAGAUAAUUUCAAAAGUAACACUGAUGAUCUGUUCCCUUCUACUAUAACUAGCAUUAUGAAGAGCAAAGUAACUUCCCUAGCACCAGGUUUACCCAAAGAUGGGGCAAAUAAAAAGGGGAAUGAAACAAAGAAGGAAAGUGCAAUUGGAAAAGGUAAAGAGAAGUUAUCAGAAGUCACCUUAACAAUCAGUGAGAGAAGUCAAGAUAUUCAGGGGCGAGGCUGGAGUCCAGCCCUGACAAAGAAUGAAAUCAAGAAAGACAGUUUGGCUAGAAAAGAUGAGAAAGGACAAGCUGAUGAGUUACACCAUUUUUCAUCAGCUACUGAUGACACAAACAACAAAGUUAUAUCUGAACCCAAUGUAAAAAUCUAUAAGAGUAGCAAAAAAAGAGAAAGUUCAUUAGAAAAAGAAUUACCACAUCUGAAAUCUGAGGUGAGAAACAGAGGGAAUCAAGAGGAGAGGACAGAUUCUCCGGCUGACAGAAUCAUGGGUAACAAACUGAUCUUGCAUCCACAAAAUAUCACUGAAAGUAUUGACAGAAAUGCCUUAGAAUUAUAUUCUUGCCAAGACCCAAUAAAUGAUGCAAAACCCCCAAAUUGCCUUGGUGAUAAAGCCGCAUAUGUAAAAGCCGAUGACAAGUAUUUUGCAGAGCCUACUUCAGUGGAGACAGCUCAACAAAAUGCUCCUGCGAAAAGGGGAAAGAAUGAGAAAAGGAAAGAUAAAGAGAUCAAUCUUAUGAUUCCACCAGAAAAUAACCUGAGGAUUUUCCCUGCCAACUUUUUGGAAGAUAUCAUCUCUGAAAUAAUUAACAAAUUAAUUUUCUCUUCCUCACCAGGCACCGAUGAUUAUGAUGCAAAUCAAGAUGUAACUGAUCAUGUAAAUCAACCUGAGCUCUAUGACACCGCUAUAAAACUGAUUGAUUCCCUACUGAAGGAGUUUUCAGAUGCUCAAAUUAAAGUAUUAAAACCCAAUCAGGGAAGUAAGUUCCUACCAUCGACAGAUCCGAUCUCAUCAGUUUGUGAAGUACCUCUCAGGCAAAAAGAGCCCUCUGUGGCUAAAACAUCUCCUGAGAUAAAAAUGACAGUUAUGGAUAAAGCGCCACGGAUGCCUAAAAUGGCUACUGAAACAUCUUCAGCUGAGGCACUUUUAAUGACUGAAAUACCAUCCAUUGAUAAAAUGUUGGUCAACAAGAUAGUUCACUCGUCAAUCUGCAGAACCUUACAGGAGUAUACGUCCCGAAGCUCCAUUUGUAAGGACAUAAAUAGUAACGGAGAACAUCUAGCAAGAAAACUAUCCAAUGCAGUAAUGAAAGAAAUUGUCCAGCAUGAAAUAAACUUGCCACUUUAUGAUGAGGUUCCAGCUUCAGUGUGUUUGCCCCUAGAAUCUAAGGAGGUUAUGAAAAGGGUCCGGAGGUUUGCCCAAACAGCUUGCAAAGAAUGUCAAACUUCCUCGCCAUAUACCAUAAUGCUGCCUAAUGAUUUUUUAGAAAAUAUAGUUUCUUCCCUUCUAUCAAAAAUCUUCUCGAGAGUACUCAACACUAAAACAGAAAUAUCUGAGGAUAAUUUGUCCUCAGAAUUGGAUUUCCUUCAAAUGAAGUUAGUAAGUACAAUUAUGGUGCAUAUUUCCAACGAUGAAGAUAUGAUUCUGCAGAAUGUCAAAUCCUUACAUCCUAAUGAUGAUGAAAUUAUUCAAUUAGUGGCUCAGACAAUUUACAAUAAUCUCUUGCCACAAUUUGGAUCUCAAGAGAGCAUACAACAUUGUGUCAGUAGUGGUUGCAAAAUACUUUCAGAAACCAUAGCUAAUUUGGUUGUACGGGAAGUGGCUGGCAAUCAGUUGCAGAAUUAUUUUUCUGGAGAGUUAACACCACCUCAGUGUACAGAAGCUGACAUUGUUGUUGAAAAUAUCCUUAAAGAUAUCAUCCAAACCUCUGAAGUUCCCCAGCCUCAGCUGUCACAGACUUACAAGCUACCUUUUAACAUAAUAGAAGAAAUUGCUGUAAAUUUGUUGUCAAAGCUUUUAUCUGUGUUUCCAAAAGUGGAAAAGAAACAGAGCAAUUCUCUAAAUACUGAAAUGCAAAAAAUAAUCUCAAAAAUCCUAACUUCAUUCCAAGAAUAUAUAUCCAGAAGUCAGAUUACAGUUGUCCCGCAAACCCAAGAAUCAUGCACUCUAUCUUUAGCAGACAGCACAAGUAUUGAAAAAGUAGCUACUACUGUUUAUAAUAGUGUUUUAAAACACUCUGGCUCCCAUAUGUCAAUGUAUAAAGAUUUGAUGGGCAAAAGCAGUGUCCUCUCUGAUAUAAUAGGAUUUUUAAUGGUGAAGGAAAUUUCCAGUUCAGAAUUUCAUCAAGCAAAGGAAGAAGCAUCAAGUACAGAGCUAGUUUUUGAAACUAUUAGUAUUAUGGAAAAAGUGGUUAAGAUUAUUGAUGACCUUAAGUCAAAGGAAAAGCCUUCAGCUGAGAAAGAGACUGUGUUAGAUGCUAAGGUUGUAGAGGAAAUGGUUGCCUUGUUCUUGGCUAAACUAGUGAAGUUGCCAAGUGCCUUAAACAAAGAUGCUAAAGACUUAUCAAAGCCUGAAUUAAUUAAACUUGCAUCUCAGUUGACAAAAUCAGUGACAGCGGAACUUUCCAGGAAUAACAUUAGUGUUAGAGCUGCUAAUCCUGAAGAAAAUAUUUUAAAUCCAAAAAGUAUGAAAAUUAUUUCUCAGAUGGUCGAUUCUGUUUAUAAUCUAGUAUUGCAACAAUCUGGGACAUACAAAGAACUGUAUUAUGAUAUCAAAGUUGCCAACCACUUCUUCCCUAAAGAAGUAGCUUCAUUGAUUGUCAGCAAAGUUUCAAAUUGUCCACUCGAAAUGAUUAGCCCAAAAGAUUCAAAUGCUGAUCUCUUUGGCAAUCUGGACGUCAGUCAGAUUGUUGAAAAGGUGCAUGAGCAUGCUGUUGAAAUGGAACCUGAGCUAGAGCCAUAUGCAUUAGAUCAAGAUUUAAGUGAAAAGGAUGUUCCGAUUAAAAUAAUUCCUCACCGUGGAAAACAACCAAUCAAAAUCGACCCAGACAUUGUUGCAGGUCACUUAGGAGUCCUAUCUAUUAAAACACAACCUCUCGAGAAGCUUCAGAUGGACUGUUUGGCUAGAACCAGACAUAACAUUGAAACCCUAAGAAAAGCAUCAAUAAGUGGGAGGAAUUACUCAAUAUACCAUACUCCUGAUGAAGGAACAAGAAGGAAAGAAAAACGCAUCUCACUGGAUAAGGCCGGAAGACUGAAUGUAAAGCCUCGUGAGGCUGCUAGUAGGAAUUCAUUUCCGAAUUUAAUGAAGCCUGACAUCACCAAAGUGGAGCUUUUGAAAGAUGUCCAGAGCAAAAAGGAUCUUAUUAUUAGAUUAGUGAUUCAUGAUAUUAAGCAAGAAAUUUCAGAAAAUAAUGAAGACGAGAGCUUCACUUCUGAUGAAGAUGAAGUUGUGUUACAAGAGAUUGUCAAAGAUGAAUUUCCAGAAGGUCCACUCGAAGAUCAAGUAAAAGAAGACAUAAAGCCUAUUACCAGCACAGCAGCCAAGCCACUGAUGAACAAGAACAGUCUGGAAAAAAGUUUGUCAUUUGGAAAAAGAUGUCACCGCAAAUCCGUUUUAACUACAAAAAAUAUUGAAGCAUCACCAACUCAAUGGACAGAAUCUACAGAUACACAAACAAAAUUUAUUUCUAAACCCUCAAAAUUCUCAACUGAAACAGACCCUUCUUCCUUUUCGGGAAUUAACACAGAAAGUGUAGAAGAAAUGAAAUCUAGUACUGAACCGACAGAUUACUUCAUACAUAGACUUAUGAGUGCAUCCUCAUACGAUGAAGAUGAUCUGCCUUCGUUUACUAGUGAGGAUGAAUAUCGUUCCCAAGAUCCAAGCGCCAAAGUAACAGAAGAUAGUCUUUACUACUCGCGUCUGGACAGGGACAAUAGUGUUAAGUUUGUCACCCUCUAUCAACGUGAAAGUUGUCUGGACAAGCUGUCGUCUUCAAAAGAAGGCACUUCAGACUCCAAAAAGCCCAGUACCUCCAAACAAGGGCUUAACAUGCUGAGGAAGGUCCCAUCAGUGCUGUCCAAAGUGUUUUCGAGGUCUAAUGCCAAUGUUCCCAAAUCUUCCUCUCCCUCAGCUCCUGACAAGGACAAGCGCUAAAGCUUCUACACUUGAAAUCAAUAAGCAUGCUGACCUUCCUCAAAAAAAUAAAAACUUUUGAA